AUGCAAAUGCAGGAGGUAAAAUGGGUGCAACAACAACAUGAAAAAAGGAGAUUGAAAAGGGAUGUAUUCUCUGGAGGAUAUCCAGCCAGCUUUGCCGAUGAUUUUAGCUCAUUAUUUUCUAGUGCCACCAGGUCUGGUCAGGUGUAUCCUGAUCCACUGUAUAAAGAAGAAUGGUAUCUGAAUGGUGGAGCUAAAGAUGGUUAUGACAUGAACGUCCGGCCUGCAUGGUCCAAGGGAUACACUGGUAAAGGAGUUGUCGUGUCCAUUCUUGACGAUGGCAUUCAAACUAAUCAUCCUGACUUGGCUGAAAAUUAUGAUCCUGCUGCAAGUACUGACAUAAAUGAUAAUGAUGAUGAUCCAAUGCCUAGAGACAAUGGUGAUAACAAACAUGGAACCAGAUGUGCUGGAGAAGUCGCUGCAGUAGCUUAUAAUAGUUUUUGUGGUAUUGGAGUGGCUUAUAAUGCCAGCAUUGGUGGAGUUCGAAUGUUGGAUGGAUCUGUGAAUGAUGCCGUUGAAGCACGUGCACUUUCUCUCAACCCCGAUCACAUUGAUAUUUACUCAGCCUCUUGGGGUCCUGAAGAUGAUGGAAAGACUGUUGAUGGUCCUGGACCUCUUGCACGAAGAGCUUUCAUCAAUGGUGUAACGACGGGUCGUAAAGGAAAAGGCUCAAUUUUUGUAUGGGCCAGUGGUAAUGGUGGGCGUCAUACAGAUUCUUGUAAUUGUGAUGGUUAUACAAACAGUAUCUUUACUCUUUCUAUUUCAAGUGCUACUCAAGGAGGAUAUAAACCAUGGUAUUUAGAAGAAUGUUCCUCGACACUGGCCACAACAUACAGCUCAGGUACUCCUGGUCAUGAUAAGAGUAUUGCAACUGUGGAUAUGGAUGGAAAACUCAGGCCUGAUCACAUUUGUACAGUAGAGCAUACUGGAACAUCUGCAUCAGCGCCGCUCGCCUCAGGGCUUUGUGCUUUGGCCUUGGAGGCUAACCCAGAACUGACAUGGAGGGAUAUGCAGCACAUUGUUGUGAUGACUUCUAACCCUGAACCGCUCAUGAAAGAAGCUGGUUGGAUCACUAAUGGUGUCAACCGUAAAGUAAGUCAUAAAUUUGGUUAUGGCCUUAUGGAUGGAGGGGCAAUGGUUAGCCUAGCCGAACAGUGGACUAGCGUUCCCCCACAGCAUAUCUGUAAAUCUCAGGAAGUGCGAGAAGACAGGCAAAUUGAUCAAUCUUAUGGCUCGAUUUUAACUACUGCUGUUGAUGCUAGCGGCUGCACUGGAACUGUUAAUGAAGUUAAAUUUGUAGAGCAUGUUCAGUGUAAAAUUUCUCUCAGAUUUUUCCCAAGAGGAAACUUGCGUAUUGUUUUGACUUCACCAUCUGGAACACCUUCUACUCUGCUGAUGGAAAGACCGAGAGAUGUUGUCAGUUCCAAUUUUGAUGACUGGCCUUUCUUAUCAGUCCACUAUUGGGGUGAAAAUCCAACUGGCCGAUGGACCUUACAUAUAAUUAAUGCAGGAAACAGACAUGUUAACCAACCUGGCAUACUCAGAAAAUGGCAGCUUAUAUUUUAUGGAACUGUUAGUAAUCCCGUGAGACUUAGAAGACCCGGCCAUCAGAUUUCCUUCCCAUCGUCAGCUCCCGCCUCUUUGAACCCUAUUUUCCAAGGAAGUCAAGAUUUCUUUUCUGGAGCUUUUAGACAUUUACCAAAUAUCUUUACUGCUGCUGGGUCAGAAGCUAAGGCAACAAAAGUGGCAAUCGAUGGUGUUAAUUCAAAUAUAAAUGAACUUUCUGAUAAUGGUUGCCACGAGAGCUGUAGUACAUGCGCUGGACCAGGACAAGAUUCCUGCCUUUCUUGUGCUCCCGGUCUCCUCUAUGUUACCGAUCUUGGGCUAUGCCUACAAAGGUGCCCUGAUGGAUACUUUGAAGACAUAAGCAAGAAUGCCUGCAUUGGGUGCCAGGGUAAUUGUGCCAGCUGCCCGGAAGGCCCUAAUAUUUGCUCCUCUUGUGAUCACCAUCUCAUUCUGCAUAACAAUACCUGUAUAACUUCCUGUCCAGAAAUGACAUAUGAAACAGAUGAUUCAAUGUGUGAAAGUUGCCACGAGUCUUGUGAAACAUGUACUCGAGGAGGUGAAUCUGACUGUGUGACCUGUCCUGGAGGAAUUGAGGCAGGAGGAGAUGGUUACUGCCCUCCUAAUUGCCCUAGCGAAUGCUCAGUCUGUGAUAAAGAUGGGAAAUGUCUGGCCUGUAAGACAGGAACUCUGGUGAACGAAGAGACUGGUCUUUGCCCGACAACUUGCAAGCCUGGUUUGUAUUAUGUUGAUAUUGGUUGGUGUCGCCCGUGCGCCAGCCAUUGUGCUGCCUGCGUGGGUGGCCGAGAAGACGAGUGUGUUAUUUGCGAGAAAGGAUAUUUAUUAUCCCAUGGUGUAUGCCUUUCCUCUUGUCCAGAAGACACAUAUGUUUCACCUACUGGAUGUUCAAAAUGUCAUCAUUUUUGUACUAGUUGCUCAGGAGAAGGCCCUUAUGCUUGCACAUCUUGUGCGGUUGGAAGAUAUUUAGAUGCUGCUGAAAAAGUUUGCAUGCCAUGUCAACCAUGUAAUUCCACGAAUAAAUAUCAGUGCUGUCAUUGUGAUCCAGAGACAGGAAAAUGUCAUAUUCCAAGCGGAAAGCGUAGAAUGGCAGCAGGAGCAGCCAGAAUGGUCGCUAUGGAAAGCACCAUUCAAGAAGCUGUAGUCCAACCAGAACCUCCUCGGUUUGGCCAUGUAACUAUGGGAGCUGUCCUCGCGUGUGCUUCAACAUUAGUCCUUUUUGCUGUUGUGUUUCUUAUCCUCCAGAAACGUUCCAAGUCAGCAGAAAGGCUGCGAGGUUACACUAAAGUACCUGUAAGAGAGAUGAGAUUUACUCCUCUUCCAGAAAUACAGAGGCAUAGCCGAAUACUCUUUAGAGAAGACGAUUCAGAUGAAGAUGAAAUAGUUCUCGCCACAAACUCUUAGUCACUACUGCUGUGAUAUAAUUCAAGAGAUAAACAUUUAAUAAAGUGCCUAUAAGAGGGUAGACCCAUCUAUGCUUAGGAAGAGGUGAUAGAACGAUAAACGAUUUAAGAAAUUGUGUUUUGGUUUUUAGAUUCUUUUUAAAACAGUCAUUAUUUUUUCAAUAAAAUUACUUUUAAAAAGACAAACUAAAAAUGGGUUUAAUACAGUAUUUUUCAAAUCUAAAGCAUUGUUUUAUUUUCUUUCUAUUCGCCAAAGAACCUCUGCAUUUGUUACCGAGUCGAUAAUUUGUUUACGUAUGGCUUAGUAUUUAAAUUCAUUUAAUAUUACACAAAUCUUUUUUUUUUUUUUUUAAGGGUUUGAUGGAAUGAGAUUAUUAUUUUUUUUUUUACACCAUUUAUAAUCUACUGUCAUUCCCUGAUAGGUAUUUAUUUGUAUUAGUAUAUGGAAAUUGUCGAUACUAUUAGACUAUAAAUUAUAACUUUCUUUACCAUUAAUUAUCACUUAUAAUUUUUAAGUCUUACGAUGACACUAGCCUACUGGUCUGCCAAAUUCUCACACUCAAGCUUUCGAUGUUAGAACAGCAAUUCUAUAAAAAAGGUAGACAAUAAUACUCGUAAGAUGAAAGAAUUAAUUAAAAUAAAAUAAUAAUUUAAAUAAAGGGUUUUUUUUUCUUUAGAUUAAGAUUUUUUAUAUAGUUAUAUUUUUAAUUUUAAGAUUUAGGUGAUUAUAGUAGAUGAUAGCCCUCACAAUUAUGUACCUAAUGAGUUGUUAGCCUGAAGAACAAAAUAAGAUUAAAGAUUGAUAUGAAAUAGAUAAACAGUGUGUAAACUUUUUAAAUAUUCAAAACAGUGACAUAUAGAUUAAAAAUAUUGUGAAAGAUAGGUAAAAUUUAAUAACAAGCUUUUCAAAAAAUAAAUAUUUAUGUCAUUCAGAAUCAAUAAUUAACUACAUAUAUAUUUGUUUGUGUGUGAUGUGUAAGUUUUUCAUAUAGUACGUAUGUUUAAAUUCAAUGUGUUUAAUAUGUGGAUUGUAAAUAUGCUAUGUAUUUUAUUUUAUGUAACGACCAGAAUUUAAUGUUUAUAAUUAUACUAUGUGAUCGCAUUGGGUGAUAUGUAAAUAUUUGAGUGAAGAAUAAAUUUUGCGUACACACAUAUAAUAUAUAUGUGAAUGUGCGUUAUGUAUAUGUAUGUAAUGGAUGUAGUUUUAUAUAUAUACAAAUCAUAUUGUUUAUUACUCCUUCCUAACAUUAUCUUGAUUAUUUUAAGGGAUUUUGCUUUGUUUUAUUAUUAGUGAAUCCUUAAUUAUUCUUGAAGAUAACAUUAACAUUUGUACCUACAUUAAAAAAAAAUUCAUAAUGUGAAAGUACUUUGAAGCUUUAUUAUACUUUUUUUUUUAUUUAUAAAGAAAAUUAACAAAAUUAAUCAAAUAAUAUUCAAGUUACUAAUAUAUCAUUUACUAAUAAUAGGUAAAUUACUUCCUUGUGAUUUAUACACAUUAAGAUCCUGAAAUAUGUUUGCAUUGUAUUUAUUGUUGUCCGUCCAAGGAUAAGAUUAAAGUAAAAACAAUUAGAUCCAUUAAAUUUUAUUGAAAUACCCAACAUCCCAAUAUCCUUCAAAGUAAUUGAUAGAUUGGCUACACGCAUAAGUGCAAGCAAAGAAUUUUUGGAGAGCUUCAUAAUUUCAAGUCCUGAAAGAGUAGACUAACAAUUGAAAAAUAUAAACCAAUCAUUAGCUAUGAUACGAAAUGAGGACUGAAGAAUAUCAGUCACUUUGUUCCUCUUCAUUUGUCACCUAAUUUUUUUAAUUUCAAUCAUGAUAUUUUUCCCCUUUUAUUUCAAUAAAAUAUUAUUAAGUGUGGACCUUUACCUGAUAACAAACUGACAGGUUAUUAUCACAACUAUACAAAUAAGUUUUUAUACAAUAAAUCUGCAAAUUCUGUUUUAAUUAGGUUGUAUGAAUUUUUAAUUUAUUAUGAAAUUUAAUGAAGAAUGUCAUUUAUAAUUGUAAUAAUCAGUUCAUACAUGUUCAGUAAAUGACAAAAACUAUUGCACUGGCUGUCAAAAUUUUAAUCUAUUGUUCCUAAUGCGCCUUUUAUCUUAAAUUGUAUCCUAAAAUAUUAUUCUGAAAUAUAAUAAUUAUUGUAAAAUAUAUUUUCUUGAAAAUAUUUAUGAAGUCAAAUUAGGAGCUGGCAAUUCAAUAUAUAUGUUGCUAAAAGCAUUUUCAACUUAUUCAAUAGGUUGUUUUGAAUAUUUUUAUAAAAAUAAUCAUUGUAAAGGUACUAUUUCGCUGGUACUGCUCAAAGUAGCAACCGUGAUCAGAUACUGCGAACCGUAAUUUUUAUUUAUUUUACUGACACUGCUCACCGCGGCCACCAGCUCCUCUUGAUUUAGUAUUCAAGUUUGAAAUAAUUUUAAAUAAAACCUUAAAUUUAAUGGUUUCAAUUUGUGUUGGAAGAGGCACAAUACAUACCAUGGCAGAGUUUUGAUUUUAUUUAAUUAUUAUUUGUCAUUUUUUCUGGUAUUUAUAGAUGAAUAGCAAGGUUAGAUUAUGUUUGUUCUAUAAAAUAUUAAUAAUUAUCUAAAUGUUAUUGUCCACCUUCUAAACAGUGAUAGUUUCUUCUAUUAUUUUGAAUAUCUCUUCCAUAGAAGAAAGAAGAUAACAAAUUAUUAUUUUAAGAAUUGAUGGUAUAUCUCUGGAUUUUAAAAUUUAUUAAUUGUUUUACCAUUUUAUCAUUAAGUAAUUAGUAUUUAUUUUAAGUUAGAUUUAGGGACAUUUGAUUCACCUGUAAAAAACUUGGUGUAAUAAAAAUUCUUGUUACUUCAAUCCUAUAAAAAUGAUUUACUACAGCUUUGUUAAAAUUGUAAAAAAAAUUUCAUUUAAUUUUGUCUGACUUUAUGAAAAAAAAAAAAAAAAAAAAAAGAAAUGAUAGAUGGCUGUUAUCAUCAAAACUCUUCUCCGACAUGAUAAACAUUACCUAUAACCGCUGUACACUGACAACAGCUUCACUGCUUCAGGAGUGGUAGAAGAGAACAGUAUAGACAAGAUGUCAUACCUUGGCUGCCGAGCAGUACCAAUGAAAUAGGUUCCUUCCUUUCCACUAAAGCAGUGUUUAACUGCUAGCAAUCGGCGUGGUAGGCAGUACCAGAAAAAUAGUACCUUUAUAUGAUUAAAACUUUACAAUAUAAAUCUAAGACCUGAAUCAUUUGAUACAUGGAUUGAGGGAUUAAAGGAUUAAAAAAAAUUGAACAAAUGAAAAACUUAAUAAAAACAAUUUAUAUAACAAAUGACAUUAUUUACUAUUAAAAAAAUAUUGCAUUGCACUCAUCACCACUUUACAGUAAGUGGAUUAGGAUUAUACGUAACUGCUUGAAAAGUAGUAUGCAAAUCACUAGUGGCUGGAAAACAUUUGUUGUAGAACUGAAAUACCGAUUCCGGAGGAUCGCGAGCUGGCAUUGAUCCGUGAAAUUCUUGAACAGAUUUUAGGUGACCUCUCACUUGCCCACCUCCAUUUAAACAACCUAAAAAAACAAAAAAAAAAAAAAAAACCUUAAACAAAUGGUGCUAAAAGGAGAAUAAUCAACUAUUUUAGUGAACUUUUUACUAAAAGGAGAAAGCUUAUUAAAAUAUUACUUUAAAUUAUAUCAUGUCAAUUUAGAAUGUAAAAUAUUGAGAAAAACAAUAAAAAUUGAUCAGCAAAAUUAAAAUCACUUUACUUUUAAUUUAUAAUUUGUUUUAUAAAUCUUAUUUUUCAUGUGGGUAUAUUAUUCUCUAUUCUGCAUUUGUUAUCAGACAUGUUUCGUUGUGGAUUUUAAAGUUUUGUGCACCUCUAUAGCCCCUCAAAAUUAAAUUGGAUUGAAUUCGGUAUUACAUAUUGAUCAUACAAUAAAAUUAUAUAAAAUGGAUAAAAAAUUAUGAUGAUACCUGAUGGGCAUGCCAUGAUUUCGACAUAAUCAUAUUCACAUUUUCCUCUUUUAAGUUUGUUAACAGUAUUUUGAAUAUUUUUAAAACCAGUAACAACCGCAGCUUUCAAUUGCUUGCCAUCCUCAUUGUCACGUUGUGCCACUACAAUUUACUAACUUCACAGAUUCAAAAGAUGGCACAUAUUCUUGAGAAGGAGGUUUAGCAGUCUUCAUGACGUGAUAAGCAUAGCCACCAGAGCCAGAACCAAGAGCCUUAGCCAGCGGAGGGUACGCCGGCAAGCCAUCCCAAGGCCAGUCCACUUCUGCCCCCAACUCCUCAGCGAGGCCGUUUGGGCAAAGCUCUGCCAAGGCAACCUCCAUUUCAA